AUGGACUUGCUCGAACACGAGCGAGAUGACGACGACCGAGACGGCGGCGAACGUGAGAAGGCCGGCAAUCCAGCUCCACGUCGGAACGUGCGCGGCGUCAAAGAUCUUGUCGAGGUACGCCUGGCGCUGCGCCUGCGUGAGCUCGUCGUUCUCGUCGCCCUUGGCCUCGUUUUGGACCUCGGCGAUCGGCGUCUUCUUGGUGUAGACCUUGAAGAGCAUGUAGCCGAUCUUAAUGAUGCAGUACACCGCGUCAACGCAGAUGAUCGCGACGGCCGUGAACGUGUAGUAUGCCUUGAGGCCCGAGACGUCCUUGGCCACGAACCAGUCGUUGAGCUUGUACGCCUUGAGGUACGGCGUCAUGAUGGCCGACGCGACGAUGUUGCCGAGGAAGAUCGAGUACAUGACACGCAGCGGCAGCAUGAGCGCAAUGGCGUAGGUGCCCGGCGCCCAGUCGAACGUCCAGCCAAAGCCCGCCGCCUUCAUGCCAAAGAUCGGGAACGCACCAAAGCCGUCAAAGCAGAAGAGGAAGAUGCUCCAGCAGUACGAGAUGACACCCGCCUUGAGAAGGAGGUUCCAUUGGUACUCGACGACCUCCUUGGACGUAUGGAGCGUCUUGAUCAUGUAGGCUGUCGCGGUACCACUGGGGAAGAGGAGGCGCAUGUCAAUGAUAAACUUGCGGCGGAGCGGGAAGGAGAUGAAGAAGCCAAAGAGCGCAAUGCUGGCGCACCACGCAAACGAGUGGAUCCAGUUGAAGUCGAUGACGUCGGUCGCGAGGUUGCCCUUGGUCUUGUUGCCGACUUGUUCGUACACGGCCUGCGUGAGCGCAAGCACACCCGAGCCAAAGCCGGCCUGGCUGGCCAGACUCAUGCAGGCCACGGCGGUCGUCUGGAUGACGACGUUUUCUUGGACCGAAAAAAAGCCGCGGACGACACCGAUCUUGGUGAGGCCGCGCACGAUCAUGAAGCCACCGACACCGGCGAGCACGUUGAGGGACGGCGUGACACCGAUCUUGAGACUGUAGUACAUGGCGAGCACGCUGACGAAAAUGCCAACGAUCGCGCCGACGAUGAGCGCUUUCAGCGUAAUUUGCGGGUACUCGAGGCCGUUGGUGAUGGCUGCAAACUCGAGCACGUGCUUGGCCUCGUCGUCUUCACCGAGAGGCGCGGCCUUGGUCUCGGGCUCGUCGUACGGCGUCGUCGCCGGCGCGUACUUGGCGUGGGAGUCUUUCGGCGAGUCCAUGGAUGCACGUCGUCGAAAAAGGCAAAGUGA